ACAUCUCCACGCGUAAAGCUCAUCCCGGUUUCAUCAACGAAACAUAACUCUCCACAGCACCAACCCAGCAUGGCUUACUUUGACAGCAGCUGUCACUGCAGCAGCGAAAGAAGACAAAACAGCAUUUUGUACAGCAUUUUAAAGAACGACAGUCAAUCUGCGCAAUUUGGGAACCAGCCGAGGAACCCGAGGCUCGCCGUCUCCAUGCGCGCUUGCGCGUGCGGAUCCAAGAGGAAGGUCUCUCUGCGCUCCCCUCAAACCACAUGCAAAGCAGCCUCCGCGGUUUUGGUGAAGACCCUGAAGUUCGUGAAGAACGUACCGUGUUUUCGGGAGCUGCACGUGGAUGACCAGCACACGCUGGUGCGCAGCGGCUGGGCGCCCCUGCUGGUGCUCGGGAUGGCGCAGGACAGGAUAGACUUUGAGACUUCGGAGACGCCAGAACCGAGUAUGUUACAGCGGAUUUUAACAAGCGGACAGGACAAGCUCGAGAACCAGAGUAAUGGCGGGGUGGCGUUGACAGAUGUGCAGGGUAUUAAAAUGUUUCUGAGGAAAUGCUGGGGACUUGAUAUACGUACGAAGGAGUACGCGUAUCUGAAAGGAGCGAUACUGUUCAACCCAGAUGUUGCAGGGCUACAGUGUCAACAUUACAUCCAGGCUCUGCAGAGCGAGGCGAACCAGGCACUCAAUGAAUACGUGAAGAUGAUUCACCGCGGAGACAGUGCGAGAUUCGCUAAACUCUUCCUCGCGCUCUCCAUGCUCAGAUCCAUCAACGCCAACGUGGUGGCCGGUCUCUUUUUCAAACCGGUCAUUGGAGCAGUGAACAUGGAGGAACUUCUACUGGAGAUGUUUUAUGGAAAAUAAAACGGUAACAGUGGACAGACUUUGAAAAUGACUGAUAUUUUACACAUGUUAUUUUUGUACGUUCUAUAAGAUUUCUCUCUCUCUCUCUCUCUCUCUCUCUCUCUCUCUCUCUCUCUCUCUCUCUCUCUCUCUCUCUCUCUCUCUCUCUCUCUCUCUCUCUUCUGAGUUGAACUCAUCGCUGAAUCCAAAGUUGAUGAUGACGUUUUUCCAUUUUGGGGAAAGAACUUUGUUUACUUAAGUUUGUUUGUUUACUUGUGGUUUGCUUGUUUAUUUGCUUUUCUGUGUGACAUCGUGCAGCCCCUCCGAUGAAUGUUUAUUUCAUGGGUGACACAUUACAAUAACAGUCUGUAACCAAAAUGAAUGUGUUGAGUAUAAUGUUUACAAUGCAAUGUAUAUUUAAUGUAAAUAUAAAAUCGUAAUAUAAUUAUCAUGUUUCUUUACAUUUCUAACUAUUAGAUUUCUAACACAAUGGAUAUGAACUUAUCUGUUAACCACGUAAUAAUGAAUGUUAGGGUAGUUACUGAAAGUUAUUAUAAAGUGUUACCUAUAUUUAAAUAUUACAAAUCAUCGUACAUUUUUGUCACCUUAUGCAAUAAGGAACAGUGGGUAUACACUCCUUAAUGAUUUCCCACAACAUUAUAGACAGUUAUGUAUUUUUUGCAUCAUAAUAACAUGUAUUUCGAUAAACAAAAUGUCAGUGUGAUUACAGUUCAAAGCACAAAGAGAAAACAAUAAUGAAAAUAAAAGUUAACAAUAAGG